AUGGUACCGAGACCGUCCUCUGGUCCACAUCUGGAUGACUUUACUCUCAUUCCCAGUGUGAGUUAGAGCUGCAGGAUUGUGCGGUUCAGUUGAAGUUUCAUCCAUUUCUCUCCUGAUGAGAGUUUAUUGAGUGUCUCCGUCUCUCUCUGCAGGUCAAAGGUCAGUGUGUUACAGUCCCACACUAGUUUAAAGUUUGAUAACUCCGCCUCUCUGCGGCCCGUCUGGACGUUUUGAGCUCUCUCCUGUUUUCUUCAUCACGUCCGGAGGUCACCCUCUUCAUCAAGGUGACCCCGCUCCGCCUGCAGCUCUCAAGUAUUUUCCAGUCGUCGUCGUCCCUCCGCCCGCUCACAGAAACUUCCCUGUUACCGUGGAGACGAAUCCUCCCCCUCCAAAUUCCUCACAGCGAGCCGAGCCAGGCCCCCCUUCAUCAUGUGACCAGGAACAGCGGCUGCUAUUUCAGACUGACCUCCAGAGCUCAGCUCAGGCCUGCAAGGACAAUGGGCGCAUGGAUGAACGCAUGAACGUGUUCGCACAUGCGCCAACAUGCCUCCUGGUGUGGGGAGGUGUCAGCCGGUCCCUCCUCUCCCUGAGAGUCGAACCACAGCAGGCAGAGCUCCAACUCUCACCAGGCCUCAGCGUGCCAGCAGAUGUUUUCUCUUUUCAACCGUGA